CAAAGGUUAAAUAUAGUAUAUCAUGACAGACACAAUUAUUUUGCUUCAGUCUAAUUAAUAGUAUUUGAUUGCUACAAACUAAUUGAACAUUUUAAAGAUAGAGAGAGCGAUUUUCCCUAGAAUGCUGUUGAAGAUUUGCUGUUUUUUUUACUUAUCUUAUCCGUAUUUUCUCUGAAGUUGGAAAUUUUGCAUCCGACAUUCAAUUUUUGUUAACACGCAUUUCCGAAAGUUAAUCUUACGGAAGCUGCAAUAAAAUUAGUACCUCGGAGGGGGGGGGGAGAUGUUUCAAAUAAAAUUAAUUUUUUUAAUAGACUACAAGCAAACAACUGUAAGAAAUAUUUUAAAAUGCAUUUUAAGAUAAUCUAAAGGGCGUGGUCGCAAAAAAUUUCUGUAUAAAUAAUUGUAUAAAUAAUUUCUUUGAAGGUAGAUUUGGAUAUUUUGCAAGUCUUCGUUAUUUUGCAAUAGUUUCAAUUCUAAUUUGGGAAACUUAUUAGGAUUCGAUGUCAAUUAGGCGUAAAAAAGAGUUUGGGUUGGUUGCGCUACACGCAUAAGAAACAAAUGAUUUUUGACGAGGCUUGCUAAUCUUAUUCUUUGGUUAAUUUGAAGAUCUGUCCAUUUGUUCUUUAUAUUGUUUCUACUCCAACAUUGAGUUUUUUACAACACUACAUUGGUUUUCAAAACCACUAAAAAUCAGUUUUUUCUUAUAUCUUCAGUAGCACGGAUGAUUUGCUAAUAAAAUCUGCUCAUUUGACUAUUGUUAACACAAGAGAAAGAUUUUUUUCCGCUGACUUUUCAUUUACGGCUUCACAUGUCGUUCCGUUUUUCUGACUUUUUGGGCAUAUCGAGCCUCGGGGUUGUUAUUAAUAGUCAGGGCUGUUAGUCCCAGAUUUUAAGAGAGUUGUGCAAAGUUGGAUAUCAGCAUGAAUCCUCGUCCACAGGGUAGUUUUGGGCACUGAACAGGAUAAGAUGCAGACCUCGACUGAAAAUGUCCCCAAGUGCUAUUCUUAGACCGUUGCAUUGGGUCCCAGGCCCUAAAAGCAUUUAUUCUAAUAAUAUCGCUGCUAGUUGUGAUACCAGCAUGAAAAAUUGAAAAAGGUUGGCAGUUUGAUGUGCUCAAAAAAAUAGGAUGCAGACCCCAUGUGUUCUUGUGAAUAGACUGUGCAGAAUGUAUAAAUGUGUUCUUGUGAAUAGGAGCGUACUGCAAAUCUCUCACCUAGCUUUUCAGAGAUGGAAAGUUCGGUCAAGGAUUUUGCAUAUGUUUUGUUAAAGCGUGAAUUUUGCUCCGUGCUGUUGUUGCUGCUGUUUCCAUCUCUCGUUCCACACGGUCACCUUGCGAACCUACCAGAUGCAAGUCACGUAAAGAAGGGACGCAAAGCACAUGCAAGAAGCAUUAUACGAAAAUUUGAGAACACAAAUGAUCACACCCAUGACUAUAGCGAUACAGCAACGAGAAGGCAACCAGAUCUUGGACAGCUUUUGACUUCCUUCAAGGUAUUUGACAGCGUUACAAAUUCAAAGUCAAAUGAAAAUGAGGAAACAAAAGUAAAUGCAGUUAAUGACAUGGCUGAAAAAGAAAACAAAGACAAAGAUGGACCAAGAUUCGGUGGUCAAACCACUGAAGAAAGCAAACCACCGAGAUUUGGAGGUAGCCAAGAAGAAAACAAUGAGAAGAACAAAAAUUCUGGCAGUCAAGGCAAUCAACAACGUUUUGGAGAUGACGACAAAAGCAAAGCAAAUGAGGACAGUAAAGACAAAACUGCUGGAAACCAGGGUAACCAGCAACGUUUUGGAGAUGACGACAAAAGCAAGGGAAAUGAUAAUGACAAAGCUAAGAAUACUGGCAAACAAGGCAAUCAACAAAAAUUUGGGGAUGAAGACAAAACGAAGGAUAGUGGUGGAGACAAAAACAAAAAUGCUGGCAACCAGGGCUAUCAGCAACCUUUUGGUGAUAACAACAAGGGCAAAGGAAAUGAUGAUGACAAAAAAGAAGACAACAAGGGCUAUCAACAGCGUUUUGGAGAUGACAGCAAGGACAAAGGAAGUGAUGACAAAGCUAAAAAUGCUGACAACCAAAGUUAUCAACAAAAAUUUGGAGGUGACGAAAAAAAUCAGGGAAAAGUAGAUGACAAAAACCAAAAAGACAGUAACCAGGGUAACCAGCAACGUUUUGGGGACGAUGACAAAAACAAGGGAAACGAUGAUGGAAAAGACAAACAAGGAGGUAACCAAGGUUAUCAGCAACGUUUUGGAGAUGGCGACAAAGGCAAAGGAAAUGAUGAUGGAAAAGACAAAAAAGGAGGUAACCAAGGUUAUCAGCAACGUUUUGGAGAUGGUGACAAAGGCAAAGGAAAUGAUGAUGGAAAAGACAAACAAGGAGGUAACCAAGCCAAUCAACAACGUUUUGGAGAUGGUGACAAAGGCAAAGGAAAUGAUGACGGAAAAGACAAAGAAGGAGGUAACCAAGGUUAUCAGCAACCUUUUGGAGAUGGUGACAAAGGCAAAGGAAACGAUGAUGGAAAAGACAAAAAGGGAGGUAACCAAGCCAAUCAACAACGUUUUGGAGAUGGUGACAAAGGCAAAGGAAAUGAUGACGGAAAAGACAAAGAAGGAGGUAACCAAGGUUAUCAGCAACCUUUUGGAGAUGGUGACAAAGGCAAAGGAAACGAUGAUGGAAAAGACAAAAAGGGAGGUAACCAAGCCUAUCAACAACGUUUUGGAGAUGGUGACAAAGGCAAAGGGAACGAUGAUGGAAAAGACAAAAAGGGAGGUAACCAAGCCUAUCAACAACGUUUUGGAGAUGGUGACAAAGGCAAAGGAAAUGACGAUGGAAAAGACAAACAAGGAGGUAACCAAGCCAAUCAACAACGUUUUGGAGAUGGUGACAAAGGCAAAGGAAAUGAUGACGGAAAAGACAAAGAAGGAGGUAACCAAGCCUAUCAACAACGUUUUGGAGAUGGUGACAAAGGCAAAGGAAACGAUGAUGGAAAAAACAAAAAAGGAGGUAACCAAGCUUAUCAACAACGUUUCGGAGAUGAUGACAAAAACAAGGGAAAUGAUGAUGGCAAAAACAAAAAAGGAGGUAACCAAGGUUAUCAGCAACGUUUUGGAGAUGGUGACAAAGGCAAAGGAAAUGAUGAUGGAAAAGACAAACAAGGAGGUAACCAAGCCUAUCAACAACGUUUUGGAGAUGGUGACAAAGGCAAAGGAAAUGAUGACGAAAAAGACAAAAAGGGAGGUAACCAAGGUUAUCAGCAACCUUUUGGAGAUGGUGACAAAGGCAAAGGAAACGAUGAUGGAAAAGACAAAAAAGGAAGUAACCAAGCUGAUCAACAACGUUUUGGAGAUGGUGAGAAAGGCAAAGGAAACGAUGAUGGAAAAGACAAAGAAGGAGGUAACCAAGCCUAUCAACAAAGUUUUGGAGACGAUGGCAAAAAUAAGGGAAAUGAUGAUGACAAAAAGAAGAAAGGGGGCAACCAGCGAAAUCACCAUAAGUUUGGCAAUGACGCCAAUGGGGGCAAAGAGAACGGCAAAUCUAAGAAUCAAAAACAUCGUUUUGGUGAGAAGGAUGGCAAGAAAAAUGGAGAUGAGCAGUCAUCUGAUACCAAAAAUAAAGCUUUUGGAAACUAUGAUGAUGAAUUUUCUGUCAGCCAGUCAAGUUAUACCACUCUGAGUCAUAGCAGUGCUCCUGUCGAUGAAUCUAAGCGAGAUUCAACUAUUGUAAGGAAAGGAAUCGCUGGAACUCUUGGAGACGAGCGUACUAGAAAAGUCAACAAUCUGAAAAAGAGAGUUUUUGUCAGUAAGAAGCAGUCGAAGAGCUUGAAGUUAGCAAAAGUCACUAGAGCCAAUGCAGGCAAGAGACAUUUGUCAAAGAUUGUCAAAAAUAAGCACAGUGUUAAAAGAGGCUGAUUGAAAGUUAUAUUACUCCAUGAAUUUCUUCCAUUGUUUGUUUCAUUUUGAAGACACUUUCUAUCAAAUUCACUGCUGUUAAGAGUGAUGCUUUUAGGAAAAAUUCAUAUCACUAUUAAUAUCUGGAUAUCAAUAUGUCCUAAAUUUGUAAAAAGCUUUUAUUUAUUGGUCUUUUGACUUUUGAGUAAACUAUAAAGGUAAAUGAUUUGAAAAUGUGAGAUAACAGUAUAUUUUGCAAAUGUAUUUUGGCAAAAAGCAUUUUUAUUGUUAUUAAUGUGUAUUUAUAGUAGAUAUGUCUUUUGAUGAGAAUAAUUUGCUUUCCAUUGUAACGGUAAAAACUAUAAAAAGACCCUUUUUAACUAUCUUUCGAUCAGCAUAACUGCUGCGUUGCAUAUAUUCACGUCUUAGAAGAGAAAUCAUCUAUCAUCUUUUUCUUGUGGAACUAGAAGACACUUAUCCUCAUUAGAAGAACAUCAUUUCAUUUUGAGAUAAUAUUUUCCCUAAAAUUUACAUCAUUUUAUUUUAUACCUUUUUGAAUUAUCAAUUAUUCAGCCACUGUCUUCUUAUGAUAUUUAUACUGUAAAUAGAAACAUGUUAAAAGAUUUCAAAGCCAUUUUCUUAUGAAAGCUUAAGAUUCCUUGAUGAAAUUAUAGACUUGUGAUUUUUCCAUCGUUGUUUCUAUUUGACAUUGUCUCUCAGUAACGUACACAACAUAAUUUUAGUUCUCCUCUAGUCCUCUUGCUUAUUAUGAACACAAUUCCGGACAGCUCGUUUCUCUAUAUCGUAUUUUUCAAAUACACUUUCUGAAAUAAGCACUCCUGCUUGAGUAAGAAAGUGCAAAUUCGAUUUAGGAGUUCAAGCGUAAGCUAUUUACUAAUAUUAGACCCCCAAAGAAAUUGACUUAUAAU